CUAUGCGCUCACAGCCUCAUUCACGAUUCACGAUUUACGAUUCAAACAUUAUUCAACACUGCGUACUCAUUCUCCGCAUUGAGGUACCACAGCGACUGACUUGCCCGCACUCAGCACCGCCCAGUCAAGCAUAUUUGACAACCAAGUCAGCGUACUGCUAGCAGCAUCUCUUCGAGCCGACCCCUUGGCUCACCGAGCUCAACCGAGGCCGUCGAGAGCGUCAUCUGCCAGACCGUCUUGAGCGCCCUCGCGAGCGCGAACACGGCUGCAGCGUUCAUCAUCUGUUCUGUCAGAUCUCCACAUCGCCUCCGAAGAACAACUCAGACGUGAAUUCCGCGUUUCAGAACCAUCCACGAAAGCGCCGCUGGCUACUUCUCGAAGCUGCUCGGCGAUGUCGACGAUCGCUCAUUCCCUCCGGGACUACAAGGAGCCUUCGGGCAACGCGGCACUUGUCAACUCUUUCGCUCUUCCCUCCAGCGAAGAGCCGGUGGAUGACAUCCCUGCAGUCUUGUCGCUCGGUCAGACGCCCACAGGCACGACAGCGGAUGAAGAGCAAGUCUAUGCUGGCAGGUUGCACCUUUUCACCAGCUUCUUGUGCUUUUCGAGCAUCGAUAGGCGAAGUUGUCGGAUGAGUCUGCCCCUCUACUGCGUCAGGAGAGUAGAGCGACUGAAUUCGGGCAGAAGUGGAGUGUUUGCCCUCGCAAUUGUCGUUUGGCACGGAAGCCGCAUUAUUAUCCAACUGAAUGCUCUUCGCCCACAAUGCGAGUCCUUCUGCUCUCAGCUCCGCGACAGCUUGCGAGCUCAGCUCGGAAACAUGAAGAAUGUCAAAAGCUUUUCAGCCGGCUGCUACAGUGAAGUGCUCCUUUCGGAAGACAAGAACGCCACCGACGAAAAGAACAAAGCAGAAGGGUCUACCGGUGCUACAACUGAUGCUGACGCUGAUGCUGAUGCGUCUGUAACGGAGAAGGACUCCACCACGCAAGCCACAUCAGAGGUGGUAGACGGCGACAGCGCUGUAGUGCCCGCACCAAGCGGCGACCUGCCCCCACCUCCACCUUACCAUGCUGGUCUGGGUAGCCAAUUCAAAUUUCCAGGCGACCCUCGCAAACUACGUGAAAAGUCCAAGCUGAAACUGUGGAAGGACUAUCUAAGAGUCCACGGCCGCAAUCUCACGCUGGUGCGAUACCCUCAAUUCCUUCGCUUGGUUCAAGUUGGGCUACCUAACAGGCUGAGAGGCGAAAUUUGGGAGCUCACGAGCGGGUCAAUUUACACUCGCUUUGCGCGCGCAGGAGAGUAUCAAGCCAUCCUGAAGCGCAAUGAGGGAAAGACAAGCACGAGCACGGAUGAGAUUGAGAAAGACUUGUAUCGUUCCUUGCCGGAGUUCGCCGCGUAUCAGAGUCCAAAAGGCAUCGACGCGCUCAGAAGAGUCCUCACGGCGUACAGUUGGAAGAAUCCGGAGCUGGGCUAUUGUCAAGGGCAAAAUAUCCUCGUGGCUGCUUUGCUCAUCUACAUGUCCGAAGAGCAGUGCUUCUGGAUGCUCGAUAUGCUAUGCGAUAGGCUCUUGCCGGGAUACUACACUCAGUCGAUGUCGGGAACCAUUCUGGACCAGAAGGUGUUUGAACAUCUCGUGCAGCGCACUUUGCCUAUGAUUCACGACCACUUUCUUCAGACUGAUAUCCAAUUAUCGGUCGCUUCUUUGCCCUGGUUCCUUUCGCUCUACAUCAACUCCAUGCCGAUGGUCUUUGCUUUCAGGAUAGUAGACUGUUUCAUGGCGAUGGGGCCAAAAGUGCUCUUCCAAGUUGGUCUUGCGAUCCUCAAAAUUAACGGCGAAGAGCUUCUGUCGGGCCGAGUGACGGAUGAUGGGGCGUUCAUCAACCUUCUGAAGAGGUACUUUAGGACUCUCGGAGACUCGGCUCAUCCAGAGGCCACCAAUCCGAGGCACAGGCAGAUCACAAACUUUCAAGAGCUGCUCGUCGUCGCCUUCAGAGAAUUCGGAGUGGUGACGGAUGAGACCAUUGCGAGCGAGAGGAGACGCUUCAGGCAAGAAAUUGUGGAAGAGAUUGAGCUCUUCGCUCGAAGGGGGGCAAUCAGAAAUUUGCGCGAUCUGGGCCACUUGUCAAAAGAGCAAGCUUCCGAGUCAGCCUUACCCUCUCGUACUAUGUAUCGCAGUGGACUCAUAUAUGAUCAGCUAGUCGAAGCCAUAUACCGCACACGACACGCGCCUCAAUCAGCGAACGUGCAUCCCGAGGGCGAAAACACUCCCACGCAAGUACCUGCGCUCACGGCUAUUGCUGGUGAUGUUCCUGGGUCCGCUGCAGGCGCUGGCGAAGUUGACUACAAGGAGAUGAGGGUGGACCUCAAGACUUUCAAAUACUUCAUGGCGGAAGUCGCCACGUGGGCACGCGACGAAUAUGUCGUUUCGAAUGGCUUCCAGGAACGCAUCGAGCGGAAAGUGCCGGAGAAUGAGCUCGUUACGCGCAUUUUCAAGUACUGGGACACGGAGAAACGUGGAUCGCUCAGCUUCCAGGACAUUGUGAGCGGUCUGGACGCCAUCAUGUCGGCCAGAGGGGAUGUGUUGGCUAGCAUUGAAUGGUUCUUCAAGCUACACUCCGAUGGUCGCGAUUCUCUGACUAAGGACGAAGUGCUCAGGCUCAGCGAGAGCCUCCUCUUCCUCUUCCGAAACGACAUCGAGCAGAGCGACGGGUAUCUCGGUGCUGUGUCUCAAUUGAUUUCGCAGAGUUUCGAGCAUGGGGCAGAAGCCGCAGCUACUUCUUCAUGACCACCAUUUUGCCCGCCGCUCUCUUCAUUCGACCCGAUUUUGUCCUCAAGCUACGCGAGCCAAGUCACGCCCUUUAUCACCCUUGCAACGCCAAUCUUAUGCAAUCUUCGUCUGCCA